AAAGCACACCGCUUCCAUUUCUCUCUCCGACAAUCGAAUUUUAGAGAGAGAAACACCAAAAUUCUAGAGAGAGAAACCCCAAACCCCUUUCCUUCCUCAUCAAAAAUGGUGGAUGCUAGGGUUUCUAGGAUAUUGUGAGCAUCGGAAUCCGCGACAUCUUGAUGGAAAUGCCGGCGAGAAGAUCGAACUACUCACUCCUGAGCCAAGUACCCGACGACCAGUUCGCCGGAGCUCCGACGACGUCGUUCUACGAGUCGUUGUCCGGAGAGGGAAAGAGCAACAAUAAUAAGGGGAAGGCGGAGAGAGGUUUCGAUUGGGACGCGAUCGGUGAUCACAGGGGCAAUCGGAUCGGGAACCCGUACUCGUCGUCGAUUGGGCUGCAGAGGCAAUCGAGCGGAAGCAGCUUCGGCGAAAGCUCGCUCUCCGGGGAUUACUACGCGCCAACGCCGUUGACGGCGGCGGCGACCGAGAUCGACGGCCUGGGAUACAUGCACGAUGAUGUGUCGUUCAGAGUCGGCGGCGGCGGUGAAUUGAGGGCUAAGGCUGUGGGAACCACCGCAGGAGGGUCGUCGUCCGAGAAGAGCUGGGCGCAGCAGACGGAGGAGAGCUACCAGUUGCAGCUGGCUCUGGCGCUGAGGCUUUCGUCGGAGGCGGCCUGUGUUGAUGACCCGAAUUUCUUGGAUCCUAACCCCGAUGAAUCGGGGUCGCGGUCAGGCUUGGCCGAGGCAUUGUCACAUCGUUUCUGGGUGAAUGGCUGCCUGUCAUACUUUGACAAAAUUCCUGAUGGGUUUUAUCUGAUUCAUGGGAUGAAUCCAUAUGUAUGGUCUGUUUGCACUGAGCUUCAAGAAAAUGGUCGUAUUCCAUCAAUUGAAUUGCUAAGGUCUGUUGAUCCAACCACUGAAUCUUCAAUUGAAGUGGUUUUGAUUGACCGACGUAGUGAUCCAAGCUUAAAGGAAUUCCAAAAUAGGGUCCUCAACAUUUCUAAUAGUUGCAUAACCACAAAAGAGGUUGUUGAUCAGCUUGCAAAGCUUGUCUGCAACCGAAUGGGGGGUUCAGCUUCCACGGGAGAAGAUGACUUUGUUCCCAUCUGGAGAGAGUGCAGUGAUGAUCUAAAAGAUUGUUUAGGAUCUGUGGUCAUUCCAAUAGGUAGCCUAUCUGUUGGCCUCUGCAGACAUCGUGCUAUAUUGUUUAAAGUGCUAGCUGACACAAUCAAUCUACCAUGUCGAAUAGCCAAGGGCUGUAAAUACUGCACAAGAGAUGAUGCUUCCUCUUGUCUUGUCCGGUUUGGGCUUGACAGGGAAUAUCUUGUUGAUUUGAUUGGGAAGCCAGGUUACUUAUGCGAGCCUGAUUCCUUGCUCAAUGGUCCUUCUUCCAUCUCAAUUUCUUCACCAUUGCGCUUUCCAAGACUUAAACCAGUUGAACCUACCAUUGAUUUCAGGUCACUGGCCAAGCAGUAUUUCUUGGAUUGCCAAUCACUUAAUCUCGUAUUUGAUGAUGCCUCUGCAGUUAUUGGUGAAGAUCAUGGGGUUUCCAUGCAUCCUAAGCAGUAUGACAGGAAGUACACAGAUAGAAAUGACAAUAUGCUGCUUUCAAGUGAUGAAGAUGAAACUUCUCGCAUACCUCUGCACCCAAAAUUUGCUCAGCCAAGUGCCCAGAAUCAAGACUCUGAACUGUUCAAAUCGUGUAAUCCUUCUCAGAAUAUUGCAGACUCAACCAUCAUGGUCAAAGAUACAGCCCCUCUUAAACAUAUCCUACCUAUUGGACGUAGAGACAUUCAGCCACUUUUCGCAAUAUCUAAUCCAAGGUUGGAUACUGUUAAGGAUCCAAGGUUCACUGAGGGAGGUCAGCUGGUUCCCAGUAAACCAAAUAAAGAGCCUUCUCUUGAUAUAGACGACAUCCCAUGGAGUGAUCUUGUUCUAAAAGAGAGAAUUGGAGCAGGUUCAUUUGGAACUGUUCAUCGUGCUGAUUGGAAUGGCUCGGAUGUUGCUGUGAAGAUUCUCAUGGAGCAAGACUUUCAUGCUGAACGACACAGAGAAUUUUUGAGGGAGGUUGCAAUAAUGAAACGCCUACGGCAUCCAAAUAUUGUUCUCUUUAUGGGUGCGGUCACUCAGCCCCCAAACUUAUCCAUAGUCACAGAAUAUUUAUCAAGAGGUAGCUUGUAUAGACUCUUGCACAAGCCUGGCGCUAGAGAGAUGUUGGAUGAGAGGCGUCGGUUGAAUAUGGCUUAUGAUGUGGCAAAGGGAAUGAAUUAUCUCCAUAAACGCAAUCCUCCAGUUGUUCAUCGUGAUUUAAAAUCUCCAAAUCUUCUGGUUGACAAAAAAUAUACAGUAAAGGUUUGUGAUUUUGGUCUUUCCCGACUAAAGGCAAGCACGUUUCUGUCAUCAAAGUCAGCCGCUGGUACUCCUGAGUGGAUGGCCCCAGAAGUUCUUCGUGAUGAGCCAUCAAAUGAAAAGUCCGAUGUUUACAGCUUUGGUGUAAUCUUGUGGGAGCUUGCAACAUUGCAACAGCCAUGGAGUAAUUUAAAUCCAGCACAGGUUGUGGCAGCUGUUGGCUUUAAGGGAAAAAGGCUUGAGAUUCCACUCGAUUUGAAUCCUCAAGUGGCUUCGAUAAUUGAGGCUUGCUGGGCCAACGAGCCCUGGAAACGUCCUUCAUUUUCCAGUGUCAUGGAAUCUUUGAGGCCAUUGAUUAAACCUUCCACACCUCAACCAGGUCGUGCAGACAUGAUGUUGAUUACCUGAAGGGGUGGAAGACAUGAUUGGUCUUAUUCAUGCACAUAAUACAUCAUUCUUAUGAGAUUUGAUGUCAGCCAGGAAUACGAGCUGUUCAGAUAGUCUCAGGAUAACUGUUGUACAUGUCUCUUCUAAUUGGUAAUUGAGAACCCUGAUUUUUUUCUCGAAGCAAGGAACUGCCUUCCUGCAUAAUAUUGUUUGGUAGGUCAUUCUGUUGUGCCAUAAUGGAAAAUUGUACAAUAACUUUCACGAUUUUGUAUGUAAAGAAUUAGAAUUAGUUAAUGGGAAGCAACUUUGCCAGCAUUGUACACUGAACAGUCCUCACAUGUAUUUACUUGUACCAAUUGUGAAAUGUAGUCAAUUCGUUCGA